AUGGAGAUCGGGAGCACGAGUGCGGAUGAGCUUGGCCUGCUCUCCGAACUUCUGAACCCCCGAUUAAACUGGGACUUGAACCCUGGUCCCAUCCCCAGUGUCCGCUGGAGAAACAGCGAAGGCACCUUAAAGGUGAGCCCACAUCCUCUGGCCUCAGCCUUCGCCAGGUGCAGUCUCUGGCACCAGGUGGUUAACGAGACCAUGACUAAUGUUGAUUGGAGCGGAAUCGCCGUUUUGCAUCUGCUCCGAAUAUUCCCACUGAUGUCAACCGGACAGGAAGUGAGCCUGAGGCGGGGAGCGGGUAAACGGGCGGUGCCGGGCUCCGUGUCCCAGCGGGACGCUCUGCAAGCGCUCCCGGCCGCCGUCCCGCUUUUGCGGCGGCUCUCCAGGGCGGCGCCCCCUCCCUCGGCCCUCAUCGGGAGCUGCCCGGGCCCUGGGGGCGCCCAGCCCGGCACGGUCGCCGCGGGCGGGCAGCCACGCCUCGCUGAACCGCCGCCGCCGCUGCUGCUGCGGUCCGCGGGCGGCAGCCGCCCCGGGGACAGCGAGCUGGGCCGGCAGUUCCGGGACUGGUGCCUGCGCACCUACGGCGACUCGGCCAAGACCAAGACGGUGACCCGGAGCAAGUACCAGCGCAUCGCGGAGGUGCUGCAGGGGGGAGCCGGCGGCGGCGGCGGCGGCGGCGGCGGGGAGAAAGGCAAGUUCCAGUUCUGGGUGCGCUCCAAAGGCUUCCGCCUGGGCAACGGCACCCGCGAGUCGCCGGCCACGGCGGCGAAGAUGGCUCAAGUGGUGGUGUAUGUGCCGGUGAAAACGGGAACGGGGGCAGAUGGCGUGCCGGAACCUGAGGGCAUCGCUCUCAAACGCGUCGCGGUGGUGGAAGAUUUCUUUGACAUCAUCUACUCGAUGCAUGUGGAGAGCUCGGCGGAGCCCGGCAAAGCCCCCAAACAUGCCGGGCAGAAGAAGACGUACCGAGCGAUCGCUGAGACCUACGCUUUCCUUCCAAGAGAAGCUGUGACCCGGUUUCUGAUGAGCUGCACAGAAUGUCAGAAGAGGAUGCAUUUUAACUCCAACGGUGUGGAGCCCAAAGAAAAUGAGCCCCCCUCCUCCCUGGUCUCGGGCAUCAUCGACUACAAUAUGCCCCUCACCUCCACCUACCUGAAGCAAAUGAAGCUGCGGGUGAUGAAUUCCCAGGAGCAGGAUGAGACGUCGGUGAGCAGCGAGGACUUUGACAUGAGUGAUUCCACAUGGAUGUCCACAGACCAGCAUCUUAACUCCAGUUUGAGCCCAAACCAGGAGGAAGGGAUGCGCAGCCCGCAGAAUAUCCACAGCCAGGAGGAUGACGAUUCCUCCUCGGAGAGCUGCAGCGGGAACGGCUCCUCCAACCUGAACCCCUCCACCUCCAGCAGCACCCAGGGGGAUGCCGCCUACCCGGAGAUGAACGGAAAUGGAGCCGCUGCCCCUAUGGACUUCAGCAUCUCGUCCGAGGACCAGCCCAUCAACCUGUGCGACAAGCUGGUGCCCCCCCACGCCAACCCCUCCUACCCGCCGGACGGCUGCAGCGCGGACGGCCUGCGGAGCCGCACCAAGUACGGCGCCAAGAGCACGGCCGAGUCCCCUCCGUACAGCUCCGGGAGCUACGACUCGGUCAAGACCGAGGUCAGCGGCUGUCCCGAGGACUUGACGGUGGGCAGGGCUCCCACCGCAGAUGACGAUGACGACGACCACGACGACCACGAGGACAACGACAAGAUGAAUGACUCGGAAGGAAUGGACCCGGAGCGGCUGAAGGCCUUCAAUAUGUUUGUGCGCCUUUUUGUCGAUGAGAACCUGGACCGCAUGGUUCCCAUCUCCAAGCAGCCCAAAGAGAAGAUCCAGGCCAUCAUCGAAUCCUGCAGCCGGCAGUUCCCGGAAUUCCAGGAAAGAGCUCGCAAACGCAUCCGCACGUACCUCAAAUCCUGCCGCCGCAUGAAGAAGAACGGCAUGGAGAUGGCCAGGCCCACGCCCCCACACCUGACCUCCGCCAUGGCCGAGAACAUCCUGGCCGCCGCCUGCGAGAGCGAGACGAGGAAAGCCGCCAAGAGGAUGCGCCUGGAGAUCUACCAGACGUCGCAGGAUGAUCCGGUCGCCCUGGACAAGCCGCACUCCCGGGAUGCGGCCGCCGUCACGCACGCCUCGUACUCACUGCCAGCCUCCUCCUUCUCGCAAGAUCCUGUUUACAUCAACGGGAGCCUCAGCUACGGCUACCGGAGCUACGGGAACCUGGCCGGCAGCCUGCAGCCCGCCUCCUCGCUCCAGACCGGGAACCACAGCAACGGCCCCACUGACCUCAGCAUGAAGAGCGGCGUGUCCAGCACCACCCCCGCCGCCGCCACCACCCCGGCCAACAGCACGAACAGGGGGGUGCCCGCCGCCCAGCUCAGCCCCACAGAGAUCAGCGCGGUGCGGCAGCUGAUCGCCGGCUACCGGGAGUCUGCCGCCUUCCUCCUCCGCUCUGCAGACGAACUGGAAAACCUCAUUUUGCAGCAGAACUGACUGCGCCCCCCCGGCCUGGGGCCCCCUGUGCCCGGAGACACUGCCCACCCCGUGCGAGGCCCUCCUCGAUGAUCUGCUCAGGACUGGCCGUUCCUCUGCCUACCAGCCACCACCGGCCUGGCCCAGGUUCUCUCUUUCUCCAAGGUGGGAUCCUCAAAGACCUGCUCUUUCUCAGCUGAGGAGCCUGGGCCCAGCACCUGCCUUUCAGCCCACCUGCGCCAGAGCCUCCACCACGCCUGGAGAGAUGCAGGGCUGUUGUUUGGAGGAGGAGGAGGAGGAGGAGCGGAGGAGGAGGAGGAGCAGGGAGGCCAGGGUGGGAAGGCGCUCCAGACACAGCAGUCGCUCUGUGGAGCCCGGCAGCCCCUUCAAGCCCCCCUCCUCCCACCCCUCCGCCUCUUCCAUGUGCUAGGAAAAGCAUAUUUAUUGAGAAAAGGACCCUCCCUUCCCGAGACCCCUUCCCCUCCACCCUAAUUUAUUUUUGUUCUGAGAAAGGAUUCUUGCUUUUGUACAGAUCUGCCACUUUUUGUGUCUGUCUGAGGAGGAAGCGGUCAGGAACUGCACUGCCACACAUUCCAUCCCGCCCUUCCACGUCCGGCGGCUGGAGGUGGGGAUGAGCCAGGUGGGCUCUGCAGCCUGCGGGCUGGUUGGGCGGCUGCAGGGCCCCCCUUCUGUCGCUCUGCUCACUCUGCUGCCCAGCAGCCCCUUGGCAGCCGUCUCGGGCCGCCUCUGGGCUCUCAUGCCAAGGCCCCAGCCUUGCUCGGCACAAGAACUCGCUGCCUUCACUUCCGUGGAAAACCUGUAGGCCCUCCGGCGAGCCCCCCGCUGCCUGGCUUUCCUCCUCCACACUCUACCUCACUCUGCAUUGCGGUUCCCCCCCAGAAUCUGCUCUUGCCGGUGCAGCAGCUGUGGGGCCGGGGGAGAGCCCCCAUCCACCUUGCCGGCCCCUCGCUGCAGGGGCCACCCUCCCGCCGCAGGGUGUGCCGGAGACGGAGCUGCACGAACUGCCCAGGUGGGGAGCGUGUGGAAGAGGGAAGGGCAGCGCAGCCGGAGCCGGAGCCCACGGGGGCAGCGCCUGUCUCCCCGCGGGCCCAUCCUGCGAUGCUUCUCCAAAAGAGGCGUCUUGCAGCUCAGCAGGCCGAGCGCCGCGGCACCAAGCGCGGGAAGCGACUGAGCCACUUUGUUCCCCCCUCCAGCUCCCCACCCCGCCUGACCCAUGUAACGCACUUGCUUUUGCUCCGUGCAAUAUUUCUCCAGUGCUGCUAAAAUCAGGAACAGGGAGCUCAGGCAGGGAAGCCCCGCCACCCAACUCUCCGCGGUGGGGGGAGCGAGGCGGCCCCGGCCCACGGGCUGGACGAGGCCUCUCCACCUCGCUCGCCACCGGCCCGCGGCGAUGGCUCCCGAGCCGCCCUGCCACGCCAGCGUCGCCAGGGAAAAGCGUGCCCCCCACCCCCCGCUUGGAAACCUCCCAAGGACAGGCCGCCGGGCUCUCGUUUCCCUGCCCUUGAGCGUCUGUUUAGCUUUCAGUCGCCUUGUUCCACAAGGUGAGAAAAUUUAGCACUCCAUUCCAAAACCAACUUAGCGGGAAGCAAGUUUUGCUCGAGCAGAAUUUCCUUCCGCACUCACCCAUGCUGGCUCGGGUCAGGCUGUUAGUUUGAAGCCACACCUUACACAAAACGUGUUCUCAGGAACAAACUACCGCAGAGCCUCUCAUGAGGAAAUUCUUAGUCACUGCUGUUCAUCGCCAGGCUGUUGUUUCCCCGUCAGGGCAGGGCUUUGCUGCACGCAAGAAUUGCUGGUCCUAGUUCGCAUCCUUGUUUCUUAAUUUUGGAUAUGCCGAGGGAGACCCUCGGAUUUCGGGGAGGCGGGGACUAGCCCCUUGGCUGACCGUCCUCCUCUCAACCUUACUGUCACUUGAUUUUCUCCCCAGCAGACCACAGUCUGGGUGUGCUGCUCUUCUCCCACUUUGAUUUGUGUAAAUAUUUAUUGUUGUGCGAGGCACUGGCAAGAACAGCCCUAGUAGAAAAACCCUUACUACACCCCCUUUGUGAAAAUCUUAGCGUUAAAAGAAUGGCAGAGACAAUCGCUGUCUUUAAAAUCCCGACGUUCAAUUCCUCGCGUGUCGCCUCGGGUCAGCCGGGGGUGCCACCGGGAGCACAUAGCCAUGAGAGGGGGGCUGGUUACCCAGAGGCUUAGAGUAGAACAGACUGCUUAGGUAAACGGUCCCUUUGUGUAACGUUUCGAGUCCUCCUCACUAGAUCACUUUGGAACUUGUCUUAAUGUGCGUAAGUUGCUGCUUUUGAUUUUUAAACCACUGGUAGAACAUUGGAGACUGAUAAGGGACGAACGAGGCCACCGGCAAGCCCACCGGGGUCACAGCCUGCACCUGGCCAGGUUGGGGUUCUGGCAAGGAGCGCCUCUGUGACUGGAUAUUUGGAUCACAGAAGCCAUUUGGACAUCUCCGGUCUUUGCUGAUCCCUGUAAGUAGAGACCUGUUUUUCUGCCAAAGGCCAGCUUGCCUAGUCUUACAGACAUGAAGCCACUGGCUUCUCCAUUCUCCAACAAAAGGAAAAUGUUUUUGAGUUAGCAGGUCUUCUCUUAUAAUAAUAAAAAAAAAGACUGAGCAAGAAAUCUCCAUCUUGCAUUCCCCAUAGCAGCAUUUUGGCCAGUGGCCAAAGGUUUCAAGUGGAAUGACUGCCCCCCCCCCCCAAGCCAUUUCCCUUUCUUAGAUGGCUAUGACAUUUAGUACCAGUCCCAUUUAUGAGAAAUGCUGCUUUGAACUCAGAGGGUUAAAUAAAAAUUUGAUUUCUAAUUUUUUGUAAAACUUUUUACAAGGUUAGCCUAGCGAUUUCACCAGAAUACCAACUACAAUCCCUGUCCAUGGUCUGAUUUUUAUAUAAUUUAGUGGUGCUUUAGAAAGCUUGGUUUGGUUGUUGUUCCAGAGCUGUACGGCUCAGUUCUUCGCCUGUAUGUACCUAAGACCAAUGUGAACCUUUGUACUUUGCUCCUGACUUUGGACUCAGUGAAAGUGUACUGUUUACAUGUACAGAACUCCCAGCACCCCCUCUGUGUUCUGCAAGACCCGUUUGUGGCGAGGAAGGCAAACCUCACCCCUGUUCAUCUGCUUAGUAAAGCCACAAAGACUCUCUCACCUGUAUCCUGAUAAACAAAAGCCACACAAACCGCUCCGGGGAUGUACUGGAAGGAAAACGGGAUGUACGCAAGCCACCCCUCUUUUCCUUCAGGGGCCAGCUCACCAUCCAGCUUUCUCAUAGGAAGAGAAAACACGGGAGCUGGGAGCUCACGCACCACUUGAAUCACGGAUGAUUCACGGCCUUCUGCCCCCGAACCGCCAAGGCACACGCGCGAUAGAGGCUGGGCAGCAGGGCCGAGGAGAGGGGCAGGGCAAGGAACUGGCCCCUGCAGGGACCGGCCCGACCGGAGCCCACUGCGGGAAGACUCCGAAGCCGCCCCCAUUUUCCCAGAGAUGCGACACAGAAAGCAAAUGGCACUUAAAACCAGCUUGAGAAGGUAAUGCAUCGCUGCUCAAACCAGCCGAGUGCUUCUAAGACGUCCUUCCCAACAGGCACCUAUGCAACUUCCUGUGGCUCUUCUAAGCAGAUGGGCACUUCCUCCUCCGUGUGCUAUGGAGAGACUUUUGUGUUAUAUACAGUGGGUUUUUCCAGUAAAUGUGGCUUAAUAUUUUAAUUCUUAGAACGUGUGUUUGUUCUACGUGAUGCAACUUAAUUCUGUUCUGUUUGUGAAAUGAGUAGCACAGGCCAACCUCCUCGUCCCAUUCACUGAAAGACCAACGAGCUGUUUAAAUCAAGCGGUUCUUUCCAUCCAUGGUAUUACUUGCUAAAUGCACUGAUUUCAUAAGUAUGUGGAUUUUUUUGAGUCUGUAUAUCAUAUUAUAAGACUGAAUCUACUUAAUAAACACUGUAUAACAAACAACGCAUC